AUGGACCGGGCACAGUCGCGGGUAUUUUUGGUCGACAUUACCAUUCCAUAUGAUGAGAACCUCGUGAAAGCCGAAACAGAUAAGAAGACGAAGUAUCUGGACCUGGCUCACGAGGUGACCGACAUGUGGGGUGGUGUGCCGACCGAAAUUAUCCCGAUAGUCGUGUCUGCGAAUGGGUUGAUCCCAGUCAGCCUCUCUAAACAUCUGAGGCGACUGGGACUCCGGGACGGAUCGCUCCAGGCUCAAAUGCAGAAGGCGGUGCUCCUCGAUACCGCCCGCAUCGUCCGCCGGUUUCUCUCCCUUUCGCCC